AUGACUUUGCAGCAGCAGCAGCAGCAGCAGCAGCAGCAGGAAACAAUGAAUGGGGGGGACCUUAUCAUCUGUGAUGCUUCCUCCAACUGUAGCUGGCAGGAUGCAGAAACCUUUACCAGCCAUGCAUUGUUUGCUCCGUCCAGUCUGACAUCAUCUGCUUGUCUGAUUCUUUGUGUUUGUCACUCUCUAGGCAGCUAUUUCGCCAGCCACUUCAUCAUGGGAGGAGAGAAGUUUGAUUCCACGCAUCCGGAAGGAUACCUGUUUGGAGAGAACAGCGACCUGAACUUCCUAGGGAAUAGGCCAGUGGCGUUUCCUUAUGCUGCCCCACCUCCCCAAGAACCUGUGAAGACUCUGAGAAGCCUGAUCAACAUCCGGAAGGACACGCUGAGACUUGUCAAAUGUGCUGAGGAAGUGAAGAGCCAUGGAGAAGAGGCGGGCAAAGCUAAGGUCCACUACAAUGUCGAGUUCACCUUUGACACAGAUGCCCGGGUGGCCAUCACCAUCUACUAUCAGGCCACUGAGGAAUUCCAAAAUGGUAUUGCCAGCUACAUUCCAAAAGACAACAGCCUGCAGUCGGAGACCGUGCACUACAAGCGAGGGGUGUGCCAGCAGUUCUGCCUGCCCUCCCAUACUGUGGACCCCUCAGAAUGGGCAGAAGAGGAGCUUGGCUUUGAUCUGGACCGGGAGGUUUACCCUCUGGUGGUACAUGCUGUGGUGGAUGAAGGAGAUGAGUAUUUUGGCCACUGCCAUGUACUUCUGGGCACGUUUGAGAAGCACACAGACGGGACCUUCUGUGUUAAGCCCCUCAAGCAGAAGCAAGUGGUAGACGGGGUCAGCUACCUUCUUCAGGAGAUCUACGGGAUCGAGAACAAGUAUAACACCCAGGAUUCUAAGGUGGCUGAGGAUGAAGGGAGUGAUAACAGUGCCGAGUGUGUGGUGUGUCUCUCCGAUGUCCGAGACACCUUGAUCCUGCCCUGCCGUCACCUCUGUCUUUGUAACACCUGUGCAGACACCCUGCGCUACCAGGCCAACAACUGCCCCAUCUGCCGGCUGCCGUUCCGGGCACUGCUUCAGAUCCGAGCCAUGCGGAAGAAACUGGGCCCUUUGUCUCCAACCAGCUUUAACCCCAUCAUCUCAUCCCAGACAUCAGACUCUGAAGAGCACUCAUCCUCAGAGAAUAUCCCACCAGGCUAUGAGGUGGUGUCUCUCCUGGAGGCCCUCAAUGGGCCCCUCACCCCUUCCCCUGCUGUUCCUCCACUUCAUGUCCUUGGAGAUGGCCACCUCUCAGGAAUGCUCCCAUCAUAUGGCAGCGAUGACCACCUGCCCCCCAUGAGGACGGUGUCCCCCCUUGACCGCCUGUCUGAUUGCAGCAACCAAGGACUCAAACUCAAAAAGAGUCUAUCCAAAUCUGUUUCCCAGAAUUCUUCUGUGCUACAUGAAGAGGAAGAUGAGCGCUCUUACAGUGAAUCUGAGACCCAGCUCUCUCAGAGACUAUCAGCUCAGCAUCCGGAAGAGGGACGCGAUGUGACUCCAGAGAGUGAGAACCUUACCCUGUCAUCUUCAGGGGCUGUUGGCCAGUCGUCUUGCACAGGGACUCCGCUUUCCUCUACCAUCUCUUCCCCAGAAGACCCUGCUAGCAGCAGCCUGGCACAGUCAGUCAUGUCCAUGGCAUCCUCCCAGAUCAGCACUGACACGGUGUCCUCCAUGUCUGGCUCCUACAUUGCCCCUGGCACAGAAGAAGAGGGAGAGGCCCUGCCUUCCCCACUAGCUGCCAGCAGGGCUCCCUCAGAAGGAGAGGGGACACCAGCAGAGUCCCCAGACAGCAAUUUUGCUGGCCUUCCAGCUGGAGAGCAGGAUGCAGAGGGAAAUGACAUUGUAGAGGAAGAGGAUAGAUCACCCGUGCAGGAAGACGGCCAGAGGACAUGCGCAUUUCUAGGCAUGGAGUGUGACAAUAACAAUGACUUUGACAUCGCAAGCGUGAAAGCACUGGACAAUAAGCUGUGCUCUGAGGUCUGCUUACCCGGUGCCUGGCAGCAUGAUGAUAACAUAGUCAACCGUCACAAUACCCGGUGCCGGCACUCAUCAUCUAGCAGCCUGGAGGACCCUGAAGAGAACAGGCCUUGUGUAUGGGAUCCUUUGGCUGUCUGAGGGCGCCUGCACCUGUCCCUGGGCUCCCCUCCUGUCCUUGCAUUCCAUCUGUCUCACUGGACCACAGGCCUUCUAGGCAUCUUCAACAAGACAUGUGGACUUUAUACUCACAUGGAGGCAGGACAGGACAGGAUGUGGAGUGCAACCUCAUCUCCUGUAGCCGUGAUGCUUACCCUCUCACAAAGAGCCAGAAGCCUUCCUCCUUGUGGGCUGAUGCUGUCAGUGAACUAUAUAGCACAGCAGCCAAGCCCAGUGGGCCAGUUGAGCUGAGGGCCAGGCCUGGUAGUUUCUUUAGCCUUUUCUCCACUCUGACCACUUGGUCAGAGAGACCAAGAAGACUUGGGGAGUUGGCAACUUUGUUACAGACAGGUUCUGGUCUCUGGCACCUCAUGACCAAUUAGAAACCUAACUCGAAGUGGUCAGGGUUAGCUCCAUGAGGGAGGCCACCUGCACUCUUGCUCCCAGAGCACCAGGAGUCCCUUUCUCAAGCCUAAAGGAGAUGGUGAUAGCCAGAGGGGUGGCUGAAAGCCAGAUCUGCUAACAGAGCCGGUCUCCUGUGCCUCCUGUGGCCCCAGUUAGGAUGGUCACCCUGCAAGACUUGUCCUCCUCAGGUGCAGUCAGGAAGGCCUGCUGGGUCACCCCUGUGUACAAUGCUAGGGCUGAGCGCUACCGUAGCCCAUCUUCACCACAGCCAUUGAGAGGGAGUCUCAAACCCAGCUACCCUUUCUCUAUCCCCUUUUAAUAGCUGAAAAACUAGGCUAAGAACUGUGGACCAGUGCUUCUCAAACUGGUGCACAGGAACACUGAGGAAGUGUCGAGCUCUGAGACCAGCUGCAGGAUCACCUGAGGACCAAAGGAUUAGAAGACCUUCCCACCCUAGUGUAUCCCACCCUGCCUUUCAGAGCUGGUGGGUGAGAGGGACAGAGCUCCACGGGCUCACCAGAGCUUAGAGAUGCCGUCCAGUCCAGUCAGCACUCAAAGCCAUGGCAGCAAGCUAGCAGGAAAUUGUUGGGUGCCUACCUUUCUCGUCUCAGCGGAUUUCACAUGGCUCUUAAACAGAUCCCUGUAUCCUGGCUUUUGAGAAAGGUAGUUGUUUAGUGGAACAUGAGAUGGUUGGGGAUCCAGAUUAGAAACAGUUACUUAUAUGAGGAGCUUUAGACUUGGCAAGUGUGGACCUACAAAAGCUCCUCCCCACCAAAAAAAACCACCCACCAGUGCCCAGGAUCCUGGGGUGGGGUGGAGAGUUUGGCUUCAAACUUGCUGUGUAGCUGGGGAUGACCUUGAACUUCUGAUGUUCCUGCCUGGACUGCCCAAGCAUUAAGAUUACAGGCCUGCACCACUCUACAGCUCUCUCUCCUUUACCUCCUGUGUGGUUGCAGAGGAGUGUGGAAAUCCGGCUCCUAGAGGGAGCCUGCCAUCCUGCCUGAGGCGUGAUGGACUUCGCCAUUCCCAGCCCCCCUUGAUGUCCUUCCCUCCCCCAGCAGUCACACUUGAGGGUUACAGCAGUAGAAGCUGAGCAAUAACCACACUUCCUCAAUGAAUGAAGCAAAAGCAACAGGGAAGUUCCCUUAGCCUGGGGUGGUGCACACAGACCCAUCCCCUCCCCUGGCAGGCAACGGUAAACUAAACGGUAAACGGUAUUCACAGUGUGGUGUGACCUGGAAGGAGGGGGUGGGUAGUUGAGAUGAAGGAAAUUCAGGUAAACAGUAGCCACAGUGGCCAGGAACCCCUUCCCCCCACAUCAAGAGAGCAGUCAGCCUAAACCCCAUAAUCCAGUACCUAGGCUAGAGCACCCAUCCUGCCUUGCUCCGUUCCUGCCCCUCACUCUGUACUUUAGUUCUUGGCAAGCAGAAAUAGCCCGUCCACAGAGGUGGACUCCCAUCAUUUGGAAACGGUCCCCUUGCCAGGAUUGUUGCCACACGACUGCUGCACUUUUCCAUGCUCUGGGUACUGUAGUGAUCUUGGUUUCCUCAAAGAGCCUUUUACUUUACCUGAGUUUAUACCACCAGAGUUUAUUCCCCCUGCAGCAUCUUCUGGACCCAGACACCAAGCCAUCUGUCCUACUGGGGCGCUAGUCCUGCCCACCUGGUGUUGGCACGCUGGCUGCUCACUUUGUUUUAGGGCCCGCACACCUGGUGUGUGUGUGUGUGUGUGUGUGUGUGUGUGUGUGUGUGUGUGUGUGUGUGUGCUGUUUGUGCCAUCUGUGUACCCUCACACUCCCUGGAGUACACUUGUUGGCACACUACAGUGGGGACAUCAAGAUGCAAUAUUUAUGGAUUGCUGCAUGAUUCUUAAAAGCGAAUAAAGCUGUUUACAAGGGAAGGGGCGCUGUUAA